AUGUCCACGACCACUCCUCCAGCUGCCCUCGACAUGCCCUCGGCGACGCCCAAACCAACAACGCGCGGACCUCUGGACUCCUCGGCCAUGAAGACGCGCAUUCUCACCCACAUGAACGCAGACCACCAGCUCUCCCUGCGCCUCUACCUACAACACUACUCCCACGUCCCUUCACCCGGCACUCUCUCGGCUCAAAUGCUGGACAUCACAACAGAGCACAUGAUCAUCUCAUCCGGCUUUGGACGUCACAUCAUCCAAUUUGAGCCGCCGAUGAAAAGCCUCAUGGAAGCCAGAGAGAGACUCGUCACUAUGCAUGAACUGUGCCUGAAGCAAUUAGAUCUGUCCGAUGUUGUGGUGGAGAGGUACGUGCCACCCGAUCGGGCGUGGCAGUGGAUGCUGUGCGGGCUUUGUGUGUUGAUUUCCACAACAUUCCCUUUUCGUGAGUCGCUGAGACUGGAGUCCGGGUCAUGGAUCUCCAAACUAUGGAGUCUCGAUGGGGCGGCACCUUGGUUGGCCAGACUGAGCUAUACGCUAGCACCAGCAGUGCUGGGUGUGAUGGUCACUGUGCACUGCGGUGAGGCAAUGUGGUUUAUUCAAAGGAGGUUGAGGCGGCAUUGGGUUGAAUGGGGGUCGGCGACGUGGUGGUGCUGGGUGCUUGACUGUCUCCUUGAAGGAGGCGGGUGUCUCACGAGGUUCGAUAGGGUGGUGAAGAGGAUGGAGGGGGAGAAGAAGGGAGGAAGCAAGCAUUGA